AAAAAAAAACAAGAUAAUGUAGCGCAAUACAGUCAGAAGACCGUUAUUAUUGUGUUAAAUGUAAUUACCAAAGUGCUUUAAUAAAAAUAGUUUUCAAAUAGUACAAAAACGUAAUAAUAUUAGUAGUGAGUUUGAAUGUCAUGAUAUAGCCUAUUUUAUUUACGAUUGUUUAAAUGCCUGCUGUACCAAAUAUUUUUUAACAGUUUAUAUUUGUUCCAUACCUGUGAUGCUGAUAUUUUUUUUCUUGUUCAGUUGCACUAAAGUCGCAAGCGAUUAGUAAGAAGAAGAAAAAAAGCUGUUCAAUAAAGUUUUAAAUGCGGCCAAUACAAUACUCACUUUAGACUGAGGCCUACGCUAACGCAACGAACUGCAUCCGGGGGCUUGAUUUGAAAAAGUAAUCCAGAGGAAGACUAGUUAUUAUGGGAUUGGGAGACGCCCGUAGCACAAGACGUUGUUUAGUCUGUGGGUGACAGUUUAGCUGCUUGGUCCCGGAGUUAGAUUGAAUUUAUCCACGUCCAGAUUUAAACCGAAAACGCACGAAUUUUGAAAGGAGCAGCUAAUGUCAUAGGAGAUACUUAGACCGACCGAGACCUAACCGAACAAAUUAAUAUAGUGAUACAUGAAAGCAGUAUUGGGAGGCUGUCACCGUCAGCCCCCUUUCCAUAUGCACAGUAUUAAGCAUAUCAAUAUAGUGACAAAAUAACAAUCAAACGCAAGGAAAGGAAGCCUGGGUCGCGCUGGUGGCAGACAAAAAAAAAAAAAAACCAUCAAAAAAGCCAGUUGGGGCAAGACGAGAGCACCGAGACGGGAUUUGGUGUUCAGAAUCACUGGACACAACGAAAUUGACUAAAUAUGGCCCACGAACAAAGCCUCUUUUUUCAAGCUCUGGAUAGAUCGCAAGCCAAGAAAGAUGGAGGUUAUAAGCAAAACUGGAGUUUUGCCAAUCCAAGUGAGAGUGAAGGAGAAACAGAAAAUGAUGAAGCAAACUUGUUGAGUAUGGAUGACAGCAGUGAGAUUGACAGCCCAGAAGAGAAGUGCCAACAGCCUUCCCUGAAAUCAUUUUGCAACUCUGAGACUCUGAAGACAUACGAAAGAAGAGCCACUAAACAUUUAAGACCUCUCAAAGGAAAUGCCCUUGGUCUAAACAUGCUAGGGCCUGGCAAGAAACUUGGUGAAAAUCCCCAGGCUGUAACAUCGCCAGCAGUCAACAGCAGAACCAAGUUUAUCCUUGUAACUCCUCCACCAACUGGCAUUGCUGGGCAGGGACGUCGCUUCCAGCAAGCUAAUGCACAAGCUGUCAUAAAAACCCCAGCGCAAAGUCUUGAUCUGAAGGAAAGAAAAGAAUACCUCCCUCAUGUCCAAAAACUGGAAUUGGACAGCAUAAUUCUGACUUGUCCAGAGAGUACAGAAAAUAGUAACCAGGUAUCGGAAGGGGAAAUUAAGAGGCGGAUUCAGCAAAAGCGACGACCUUCUUCAGAGGUAAUGGAGUGUUUUUCACCAACAAGUGUUUCUAAAAAGGUGGAGGAAUUAGACCCUGAUGUCUACUUAACACUCUGUGGAAAUUGUAGCAAGCCAAGUGAAGAUCAUGUGAACUGUGAAAACUGCGGGCAGUCUCUCUUGCAGAAUGCAACAAGUUGCAUAGAUAAUACUAUCAAAGUAACUGAAAUGGCAGGACAUCUGUCUCGACCACCAAUUCAUGCACUUUCUGCAGGACCAAAACAUUUACCCCAAGGUAUUCCUAGCAGGAGUUUUUACAGUGCAAAUAUGACCCUGAAUUCACCGAUGAUGGAUGUAGUAAUGACUCCACCAGCACGCACUAUCAGAGGCAACCUUGUGCAUCCCAACGGGAGAGCUGAACUGGCUGGAGGAACAAGCACAUCGUCAAAGAUGUCAAGAAGCAGAAAGCACCCUAUAUCCAAACCACUUGAACCAAACGAUCCAAUUGUGUUGUCCAGUGAUGAGGAUGAGGAAACAGAAAAUGCCAGCACAGGCAGUGUGAGCAGGAUGGAUAGUGAGUCUCCUCGCCCCGCAGACUCGGCACACUCCUCUCCAGCACCCUCUGGUGGAAGAGUUGAGGCAGCUGUGAAGGACAACACCAAGCGAGCAGAACAGACAACCAGUGACAUCUUUACAGAUAUUGACAUCAGAAUACCAAGAAAAGCACGAAUGAAAGACCAGUUUGGUAACAAUGUCCCUGACAACAUCAUGAGCAAACGUCGAAAAGUUGUUCAGAUACACCCUGGUGGCCUGCAUACCAAAUUGGAAAGCAUCAUUUUGGAUUGUCGAAGCAUACGGAUAGGAUCACUGCGCAGAAUGGUGACUAAACCAGUCAUUUUUACCCUAGAGUACAUCAAAAUUGAUACUGAAGCUCCUACAGAGGAUGAUGUACAGCAGGUUAUGCUGAGAACAUCAGAACUUAUCCACUGUGAAUGGUGCUCAGCCAAAAAGUUGCCAGUCAUAUUUUUUCAAACCACACCAGAAGCCUGUUUGAGUCUACAGACGCAUUUGAAAAUGUCCAGGGAGGACGGAGGGGUGUGGUAUGAUUGCAAAGGAGAUAGUCCUGAUGAACAAUACAUUGUCUUGAUUUUUGAGAAUGGGUUAUCUGCACAGGAGCACGUUAUAUUGGAAGAAAUACUUCAAACAGUUGGCACAGCUAAUAAAAUAAGUGACUUUUUGGUGAAAUUAAAAUUUGAAGAAGCAAACAGAAGGCUAGUGCGAUUUAAUAAAAGCUAUGUGGAAAAUUCUCUAAAGGACAAGCAGACUCCUGACUCGAGCAUGCAGCCGCGCACCAUUGCAACACGGCUUCAAACUUCAGCACACCAAUUCUUUGAGGAUGAUGAAGAAAUGGCAGAUAUGCACACUGUCUUUACAGGCCCAGUUCAAAAAUUAAUAGUGUAUCCACCGGCCCCUGCCAAAGGUGGUAUUUCUGUCACAAACGAGGAUCUCCACUGUUUAAAUGAAGGAGAAUUUUUAAACGAUGUCAUCAUUGAUUUUUAUUUAAAAUAUCUGGUCCUUGAGAAGUUAAAGAAAGAAGAUGCCCAGAGGAGUCAUGUGUUCAGCUCCUUCUUCUACAAGAGGCUCAAUCAGAGAGAGAGAAGAAACGUUCAGGACACGGCUAACCUCACAAUACAGCAGAGAAAACACAAGAGAGUGAAAACCUGGACUCGCCAUGUGGACCUUUUUCAAAAGGAUUUCAUUUUCGUCCCUAUAAAUGAAUCAGCCCAUUGGUUUUUGGCUGUCAUUUGUUAUCCUGGUUUGAGUAGCCCUCAGCAUGAACCAAAUCCUUUGUACAAGUGUCCACCGAUAACGAUGAACAGUUCCACAGCGGAAGGGAGCAGUGUUUCAUCUCCAGAGGAACCGGAUAAUACUGCAGGAAGACUUCAUUCCACGCAGGUGUUUGACCCUGCAAACACACCCACUAAAGCACCUGCCCUAGCUGCUAUAGACACAAGUGCAGACAGCGGCUCUAAUAGAGCUACUGUCAAAGAGGGAAACUGCAGAGGCAAUAUGUCAGAGGAAGACAAGACUGUGACCGACAAACCAGAAAUGGCAGAGAACAGCACUAAAGGAGUAAACGGGGCACUGGUUGAACAAGCAAACACUUGUCUACAUUAUAAAGAUGGCUUGCAAAGGAUCAGGGUUAGUUACAGUCCCGCAAUAAACAGAGAGGAUGACACAUUUGCGUUUUCUGAUGACCAAGACUCCAGCCAGGAGGAAGGUAGUGACGAUGGCACUUUUGCUGAUGAUCCAAUGAAUUCUGCAGAAAGUAGACACUGGCAUCUGAGACCCACCAUUUGUAAGCAACCAUGUAUUCUGAUUAUGGAUUCGUUAAGAGGCCCUACCAGAUCAAAUGUGGUGAAGACUUUACGAGAGUAUUUGGAAGUUGAAUGGGAAGCGCGAAAGGGAAGUAAAAGAAGUUUCCCUAAAGAGUUAAUGAGGGGUUCCAGUCCUCGAGUCCCACAGCAAGACAACUUCAGUGACUGUGGUGUUUAUAUCCUGCAGUAUGUGGAAAGUUUCUUUGAGAACUCAAUCCCAAGUUUUGAUCUGCCGAUGAACCUGACCGAUUGGUUUCCCCAGCACCGAAUGAAGAAAAAACGGGAAGAGAUCAAAGAGCUCAUCCUGAAACUACAGGAACAGCAGCAAACAGACAGGAUAGGGCAGACAGAUCCUGGAACAGAAGCAUUAUCAGAACUAGUUCCAGAGAACACAAGUGCUAGCUGCUCUGACUGAAACCUGCUUGUACUUGUGCUAGUGCUGCCCAAGCUUGUGGAACUCUUCUCAUCUUUAAUCACAGCAGCAGAGACCUCCUGGAAACUGCAUGGGAGUACACGUGCUAGUGCUGCUGGAUCUUUUCUUUUUUAAAUAGUUUUGUCAAAUUUCAAAAUAUUGUUAAAUAAAGUAUGUACAUAUGUUAAUGUUGCCGGUCGUGCCAUUUGUAAUUAGUUUUUCACUUGUUAGAUUAAUUAGUUUUACGUAUUCUCUGUUAAUAGGGGUGAAAUAGCAAAGUACUACUAUGAUCAAAUAAAAAGGGUUAUGGACCAUAUUUUUUUUUUUUUUUUUUAUGGUUUUUAAGCUGGUUGCAUCUUCGAUUUUGGAGUGGAUAACAUUAAAUUACCAAUAGUUACUGUACUGUGUAAGUAGUCCCUAUUCACAAACAUCAAAGUCAAUAUCUUUAUUUAUGAAUAAAAUAGGUUUGUGUUUAUGAAGCUUGUGUUGGCUUCUUUGAGUAGUCAGUAACAGCUCAAUACAAUACAAUUCACAUUUCUAUUGCGGCUUUCAUCACAAAGAUCCCAAAAUGCUUUACACACACACAAAAGAACAAUUAAACCAUUAUAUUAAAAACAGUCUAAUAGGCAGCAAUAGAGUUCUAACUUUAUUUUAUACAUUUAAAUAGACUUUAUGCAAUGAAUGAGUUAAAUCUUUGUGAAUAUGCUAUGAUUUAACACUUGCAUGUGUUCAAAUUUGAUCCCAAGUGGUAUGUGUAGGGUUAAAAAGAAAAGACAAAAUCUCACACAUGUUUACAUAGUGUCCAUGAGUCUCUUACUGCAUUCUAAAAAAAGAUGAGGACAGAUGUGUUGCAGACAGCUUAUCAUUACGCAGACCUGACAGCUUCAGACAGACUGGAACAGCUUCAGUUUUUUUUUCUGGUGUAGCAUUGCAGAGACAGGAUUUUGAAUUGGAAUUUUAUGGUAUUGUCCGUUUACAAGUAUUAUUGAAGGAACAGAAUACAAAUGUGUACUUUGACAAACUAAACAAUAAUAACAAUAAUAAUAAUUAAUAUCAGAAAUGUGUUUGUUUACUCUAUACACCUUUAUG